AUGGCCGGGCUGGCUCGCUUCCUCUGCCUCAACGGCGACGCCGCGAAGCCCCCGCCGCUGCCGCCAGCCGACGACGGCGCGGCGUUGUCGCCCACGCGGCCGGCUGACGACAUCCCUUCCCGGCGCGCCGAGCUGUACGGCCCGGGCGUCGACUGGUCCGCGCUCCUCGACCCGCUCGACGCCGGCCUCCGCGGCGAGCUCCUCAAGUACGGCGACCUCGCGCAGGCCACCUACGACGGCUUCGACUGGCGCCACUGGUCCCCGCACUGCGGCACCUGCCUGCACGGCCUCCGCCGCCUGCUCCCGGCGCUCGGCCUCGGCGGCCACGGGUACGCCGCCACCGCGUUCGUCUACGCCACCUGCGAGGGCCGGGUCCCGCGCUGGCUCCGGCGCCAGCUCCACGCCGACGCGUGGGACGGCCACGCCAACUGGAUCGGGUACGUCGCGGCGGCCGGCGCCGCCGAGGCGGGCCGCGCCGGGUACCGGGACAUCGUCGUCGCGUGGCGGGGCACCAUCGCGCCGGACGAGUGGGCCCUGGACAUGCGGACCAGGAUGGUGACGUUCGAGCUCGACGCCGGGAAGGACAAGGGCGCCAGGGUGGCCGAGGGGUUCCACACCAUAUACACGUCCAGUAACGCCGGGAGCAAGUACGGCGAGCGCAGCGCGCGGGAUCAGGUCGCCGGCGAGCUCGCGCGGCUGGUGGGCCACUUCCGCGGCCGCGGCGAGGAGGUGCGCGUCACCGUCACGGGGCACAGCCUCGGCGGCGCGCUGGCCCGGCUCGCCGCGCGCGACGCGGCCGCGGCGCACCCGGACGUGCCCGUCGCCGCCGUCACCUUCUCCGCGCCGCGCGUCGGCAACCGUGCCUUCUGCGACGGGCUCGCGUCGCGCGGCGUCCGGGUGCUGCGCGUCGUCGUCCGGCACGACGUGGUGCCCCUGGUCCCGAGCGUGCCCCGGGCGGUGGUCGACGCCCCGGUCUCCAAGGCCCUGGCCAAGCUGUGGGCGCGGAUGGGCCGGCCGCCGCCGUGGACGUACGUGCACGCCGGCGACGAGCUCGAGCUGGACGUGAGGAAGUCGCCGUUCCUGAAGCACGCGAAGUACGACGUGGUGGGGCUCCACAACCUGGAGACGUGCCUGCACCUGGUCGACGGCCGCGAGGGCGCCGCCGGCGCGUUCCGGGCCGGCGCGCGCCGGGAUCCUGCGCUGGUGAACAAGACGUCCGGCAUGCUGCGCGACGAGGCGCGCGUGCCGGCGUGGUGGUACCUGCCGGCGAACAAGGGGCUCGUGCGCGACGCGCUCGGGCGGUGGGUGGUGGCGGAGCGGGAGCACGACGACCUGCCGGUGCCGGACGACCGGCUGCCACUCAGGGUUCACCUUACCGACGGUAAAACGAUUUUCGCCAACUAG